CCUGCCUCCUCUCCCUCGCUCAGAUCAAUGCCCUGGCCACUCACUUUCUGAUGUUGCACGACGGGAAAUGCUUUGAAUACUUACGACAUGGCCGCUCACACUGAUUGCCAAGAUUGACAGCACUAACCAUCGCCUUCACUUGUUUCAAGGGGGAAGCCCCUAGUCACCCCGCUCUGCGCGCACCUCCCGGCACCCCGGCGGCAAACUUCUGCCGGUCAGCGCUCCCCCCGCCCGGGGCGGGACACCCCCGCAGACUUGAGUUAACGGGCUGCGGCGGCCGCGGCGCUGGGGGUUCUGCUCCCUUGCUCCCCCGGCUGUGCUAAUUGACCUAGCAUCGACUCCCCUUCCUUAAAUUUUUUUUUUUUAUUUGUAUCUUUCCCUUUUUCUUUAAUGCCAUUUACUCCCGCGGCGCAGCGCACAAGGAGCCCUCCCGUGCGGUACCAUCCUGGAGCCCGCCCAGGUCAUUUUCAUGAAUUCAAAGGCAAUUUACCAGUGAUUUCUGGGUGCUGGGGCUGAUUUUCUGUGCAUAUUUUCAGUGGUUUCUUGUGAUUUGGGAAGGUGUCAAAGGUGUUAUGCCCUCGAGUUCAGAAGUUCUGGCUGAUGUGGUAAGAGAAAGCCGGAUUGAAGAGUGGAAGAGCAGCCACUUCAUAAGAAUGUCUUCCAAGCAAGCCACCUCUCCAUUUGCCUGCGCAGCUGAUGGAGAGGAAACGAUGACCCAAGAUUUGACCUCGAGGGAAAAGGAAGAGGGCAGUGAUCAACAUGUGGCCUCCCAUCUGCCUCUGCACCCCAUAAUGCACAACAAACCUCACUCUGAGGAGCUACCAACACUUGUCAAUACCAUUCAACAAGAUGCUGACUGGGACAGUGUUCUGUCGUCUCAGCAAAGAAUGGAGUCAGAGAAUAAUAAGUUAUGUUCCCUAUAUUCCUUCCGAAAUACUUCUACCUCACCACAUAAGCCUGACGAUGGGAGUCGGGACCGCGAGAUAAUGACCAGUGUUACUUUUGGAACCCCGGAACGCCGCAAAGGGAGCCUUGCCGAUGUGGUGGACACACUGAAACAGAAGAAGCUUGAGGAAAUGACUCGGACUGAACAAGAGGUAGAUUCCUCCUGCAUGGAAAAACUACUUUCAAAAGAUUGGAAGGAAAAAAUGGAAAGACUAAAUACCAGUGAACUUCUUGGAGAAAUUAAAGGGACACCUGAGAGCCUGGCAGAAAAAGAACGGCAGCUCUCUACCAUGAUUACCCAGCUGAUCAGUUUACGGGAGCAGCUCCUGGCAGCGCACGAUGAACAGAAAAAACUGGCAGCCUCACAAAUUGAGAAACAACGGCAGCAAAUGGACCUUGCUCGCCAACAGCAAGAACAGAUUGCAAGACAACAGCAGCAACUUCUGCAACAGCAGCACAAAAUUAAUCUCCUGCAGCAACAGAUCCAGCAGGUUCAGGGUCACAUGCCUCCGCUCAUGAUCCCAAUUUUUCCACAUGACCAGCGGACCCUGGCAGCAGCUGCUGCUGCCCAACAGGGAUUCCUCUUCCCCCCUGGAAUAACAUACAAACCAGGUGAUAACUACCCCGUACAGUUCAUUCCAUCAACAAUGGCAGCUGCUGCUGCUUCUGGACUCAGCCCUUUACAGCUCCAGAAGGGUCAUGUCUCCCACCCACAAAUUAACCCAAGGCUAAAGGGCCUAAGUGACCGUUUUGGCAGGAGUUUGGACACCUUUGAACAUGGUGGUGGCCACUCUUACAACCACAAACAGAUUGAGCAGCUCUAUGCCGCUCAGCUGGCCAGCAUGCAGGUGUCACCUGGAGCAAAGAUGCCAUCAACUCCACAGCCACCAAACACAGCAGGGGCAGUCUCACCUACUGGGAUAAAAAAUGAAAAGAGAGGGACCAGCCCUGUAACUCAAGUUAAGGAUGAAACAACAGCACAGCCGCUGAAUCUCUCAUCCCGACCCAAGACAGCCGAGCCUGUCAAGUCCCCAACAUCUCCCACCCAGAGCCUCUUCCCAGCCAGCAAAACCAGCCCAGUCAACCUGCCUAACAAAAGCAGCAUCCCCAGCCCCAUUGGAGGAAGUUUGGGAAGAGGAUCCUCUUUAGGUAAAUGGAAAGGUCAACACCAGGAAGAGACUUAUGAAUUAGAUAUCCUGUCCAGUCUCAACUCCCCUGCCCUGUUUGGGGAUCAGGAUACAGUGAUGAAAGCCAUUCAGGAAGCUCGGAAGAUGCGAGAACAGAUCCAACGGGAGCAACAGCAGCAACAGCCACAUGGUGUUGAUGGGAAACUGUCCUCCAUGAAUAAUAUGGGGCUGAACAACUGCAGGAAUGAAAAGGAAAGAACACGCUUUGAGAAUUUGGGGCCCCAGUUAACAGGAAAGUCAAGUGAAGAUGGAAAGCUGGGCCCAGGUGUCAUCGAUCUUACUCGGCCAGAAGAUGCAGAGGGAAGUAAAGCAAUGAAUGGCUCUGCAGCUAAACUACAGCAGUAUUAUUGUUGGCCAACAGGAGGUGCCACUGUGGCUGAAGCGCGAGUCUACAGGGAUGCCCGUGGCCGGGCCAGCAGCGAGCCACACAUCAAGCGACCAAUGAAUGCAUUCAUGGUUUGGGCGAAGGAUGAGAGGAGGAAAAUCCUUCAGGCCUUCCCUGACAUGCAUAACUCCAACAUUAGCAAAAUCUUAGGGUCUCGCUGGAAAUCCAUGUCCAACCAAGAGAAGCAACCUUAUUAUGAAGAGCAGGCCCGGCUAAGCAAGAUCCACUUAGAGAAGUACCCAAACUAUAAAUACAAACCUCGACCGAAACGCACCUGCAUUGUUGAUGGCAAAAAGCUCCGGAUUGGGGAGUAUAAGCAACUGAUGAGGUCUCGGAGACAGGAGAUGAGGCAGUUCUUUACUGUGGGGCAACAGCCUCAGAUUCCAAUCACCACAGGAACAGGUGUUGUGUAUCCUGGUGCUAUUACUAUGGCAACUACCACACCAUCACCUCAGAUGCCAUCUGACUGCUCCAGCACCUCCGCCAGCCCAGAGCCCGGCCUCCCGGUCAUCCAGAGCACUUAUGGUAUGAAGACAGACGGCGGAAGCCUAGCUGGAAAUGAAAUGAUUAAUGGAGAGGAUGAAAUGGAAAUGUACGACGACUACGAAGACGACCCCAAAUCAGACUAUAGCAGUGAAAAUGAAGCCCCAGAAGCUGUCAGUGCCAACUGAGGAGUGUUUGUUUGCUGAAUUAAAAUACUGACAUUUCACCUCCCCUCCCCCAACAAAAAGUUCUUAAAGAGCCCGCAUGCAUUUGUGGCUCCACAAUUACAUCAGCAGAAUGGUCUUAAUUGUUUCGUAAAGUGUGAGACAGAUUAAGUUUUCCCUGAUUUUUCAUGAACUUGAGUUUUUUGUCGUUAUUGUUAUUGUUGUUGUUGUUGUUUUUUUAAUUUAGGUGAAGACAUAUUAAAUAUGAGACACCAGGACUUGAAAACUUCUCUCAGCCCAUAGCUGUCUUACAAGUCUUAUAUUUUUGUCUUACUUUUUUUUCUUUUGGAUGUUGAUAAAGGGUUAAGUUACUGUUUUAGAUGGGGUUAAACAUUCUCACUCAGGUAUGCUGUGCCGGCCUACAGGUUGUGAAUGUGUUUUUAUUCUGAAUUAUUUUAGAAAACAACUGAGGAUUUCAUGUUGUGAAACAGAACAAGUCCAUGGCGUGUGCAGCUGCAUGUAGAGCGUAUUCAAAAGGCCUCGGAAUUCCAUUGCUCCGUGUGUAGAGUUGAACUUUGAAUGUGCCAAACUUUUUCAUAACUUUUGAAUCUUAAUAUUUUGAAAGUCUUAAAGGAGACACUGCAAAGUCUUAGACAAUCUUUGGCAUCUUAAAAUAGCAAACCACACAUUUUUUUUUCCAGAAAAUGGUAAAGUACUCAGGAAUCUGGAGACAAGAUAUUGUAAGGAAUGAACAAGGUUGCCACAGUGCAUGUACCCAAUUGUGUUUGCCUCUUGACGUGCCAUCGUUGUGUGACGUGGUAUGACGUACACACACAAGAGUGAUCACCACACCAGAUACCAACAUGGUGGUCUUCUCUGCCUGAGGCCACCUCUCACUACAUCCAUUAUCCCUUUGCCUUUAACCCUGACAUUCAGUCUUAACACAUUUUCUCUUAAGUAAUUUAUUCAUUCCAGAAUGUCAAGGGUCCACUUACUAUUUAUUUAAAAAAAUUGUUGGUGGCAUUAAUUUAAUAAUUCUUGUUUUUCACCCUCCUUCCCCAAAGAACUUUUCAGCCCUUUUCACCUCCUUCUCCUGCUAGAUACGAAAGAUUUACAUAGUAAUUUUAUGUCCCCAGGACAUCUGGAAGCAUUUCUGAUAGAAGAUACUAUUAAAUACCUACAUUGUUCUUUUUACACACGAGUGUGUAUCUGGCUGCAGAGCUGUGUGUUGGAUGCAGGUGUACAGUCUUACACUUCAACAGGUAUGCCCCUGAAGUUUGCUGUGACCUCAAAUCUUUUGCCAGAAUUUCCCCCUAAUUUAGUUCAGCAACAGGUGGUAGGAUCUGCAUCAGUGGCAUUUUCCCUGAAUGCCAUUCAGCGGCAAGGGUCAACAGUGGUGACUGCCAGGCAGGAGAGUCCUGCAGCCAAACCUAAAGCCCACGGCUGCGGGCCAUGGAGGAGGCUAUGGUGAUGCUGUCAUGGGCUGGCACCUUUACUCGGAGUUGCCUUGUCCCAUCUGGCACCUCUAGGGAAUUCUUUGCAAAAUCCCCAGGAUGCAAGAAGCCACAUGACAGCCACAAAUCAAAGUUAGAGGCAAAUAGUCAUGAUAUAUCCAGAGUAUGAAAGAAAACCAUAGGGAAGGAGAAGGAGGGGAAAUACAUUCCCUAUGUGGGAUGUUCCUACUGUUAACUCUGGGGAUAGAUCACUCCUGGGGCAGCAGACGAGUUCCUCUGGCUCACUCCCGCUAUCUGUGGCUGCAGGGGCGGGGCAUGCCUACGUGUGAACAAGAUUAACUGCACUUGUCACACAAGGAUUUCUCUGGAGAUGUGCUGAUGGGCUGGGAGGUAGUGAGGUUUCAUUCCCCAUCUCCUAACUACAGGGAGCUCGGCCAUGCUAUUUGGACCUUCCUGAAACCAGGACUGAUUGCCUAUGGGGGGGCCUCAACUAGAGUGGUUCAAUGGGAGAAUGUCAGCGAAUGGGACAGUUCACCUCAUGGGACAACCCAGAAUCUGAUCACCAGGACAUAGGAACGGCCCCAUCAGAUUUCUUGAGCCAUUUUGUCACUUGGAAGAAAAUAGUGUACCUUCAUAUUUAUUUAAAGAGUGCUCAAGGCCGUGCCUCAUAGCAAUAAAUAGGUCUAGCCAGGACGAUAUGGGCUAUGCCAUUAGCUGGGAGUGCUCUCUAUAAGCUGGUUAAGGUACUGAUAGGAAUGUUUGUUCUUAAUAUUGGGUGGGGAUUGUAACUUUGUUUUUGUACAUUUAUUUCAAAUGAGGAGGAGGUCAUUUUUCUAAAAAAAAAAUGAGUAUUUAUUAUUGUCUGACUGAUUUCUUUUGAUUCUAUACCUCUCCUUCUCAGUUCGUUCUCGUUUCUUCUCUUCCUAUUGACCUUUGCUUUUGGCCUCUCCCCCUCCUUUUUCAUUUUGUUGCAUAGGUAGUGUGCUGUAUGGCUAGCAUUGUAUUGUAUGUAAUUAAUUUUGCACAAAGGCAAACAUUUAGAAUAGUAGGUUAAUUUUGUUUGUUUUUAUGACCAUGCCAAAAUAAUAUUCUGGGCUGGUGGAGAACAAAGGACUGUUCUUUAGGACUGAAACUUGAUUUUGCUUCUAGUAAAACAAAAACAAAACAAAAAAACCCCAACAAAAAACACACACACUCACAGAUGUUGUUUCAUAAGUGUUAUAAGCACUGGAUAUAAAUGGUAUUUUUUAUCACUUCUGACUAAUGUGAAACUUGUACGACAACGACAUGAACAAAAGUCAUCUGUUUCGACUCGUGUGGGCUUGCCUCACAGUUGCCGGAUUUGAGUCAUUUUUAUGUCUUGUUAUUUCAUUUAUUUAUGCAAAAUACAUGUGUGUAUGAACACUUUGUUUUAGCUCCAGCUCUGCCUCCGUACUGGGGUUCAGUUACUUCUAGCCGUGCUCUUAAAAAUGAAAGGCUAUUCAGGAAUGAUCUGAUUGUAAACGUCUCUUUCAUUGGGUCAAACAGUGAUGCUGUAUUUGAAUCUAAAUUCUGCGCAUAAACAGUUUAUUCUAUUUAUUAGCCAAGCUUGGCUCUAAAUAUCCAUGGAAAUUAAGAAUGACAAUCAUAGGGAUCACUUCAUUUUAUUUUCAGUGGGGCUUAAACAAAGUUUUUAUGAUUUUACCAUCUCAUCUUAGACUUUUCUAAUUGUGUAAAUAUAACAUAGAAAUAGAAUUUAUUUUUGGUUCAUGAAUACUUAGUGAGAUAUAAGUUAUGUAUUUCCUUUUUGUUCUCUAUCCAUAUAUGUUGGUCCAGACUAGAAGUUGACGAGUCACUGUACCUCCUGGGGAUAGUGAGUGACCAGGCACAGUGAGAGAGCCGCGUUCCACCCGGAGGCGGGCCAGAAGACCCUUCUCUUGGGUUCACAUGCAGUUUAGAACCCACUGUCCACAGACUCAGACUUGUACUUUUUUUUCUUAUAGAAAGUAGAUGAAUUGAACACACUAAAUUUCCAGUACAGCUGGGAGAGAGUCAAUUUGCUUUGUGAAUCCACGUCAAUCUUAUAAGGUAGUUCUGUGACCAUUGAAUAGUAGUAAGCAUGAAUGCAGUUAUAAAGGCAAAAAUCAGCCUCUGAGACUGGCCAUUAAUAAAAGUCCUACCAUGCCAAUUAGAUUAGACAAUGUUCAUCAACUUCUUUUCAGUGUUCCCUGUUUCAUAAUAUCUUCAAAUCAAAGAUAAAAAUUAUCUCCAUUUUGUUAAAGAACUUACAGGAUCAGAAUUUGCCUUGUCACUUAGAAUAGGGACACUGGCAGACAAUCCUCUCCUAAAAAAAGGACCACAUGGAAUAGGAAGGAAAGAAAGAAAGAAAGGAGGAAAGGAAGAAAGAAGAAAGAGAGGAAGAAAGAAAGAAAGGAAGGGACGAAGAAAAGGAGAGAAAGGAAAGGUCAGUCUGCGCACAGGAGCAGCAGGCAGGCGGCUUCUGUAUUUCAUUGGCAGAUACGAUGCCGAAUCUUUUCCAGGAAGGUACGAAAGCUGUGUUGUUUCACAGGUAUUCUGCUCACCCUUUUAGGAGCACAUCAGUUUGCUUCAUUUGGGAUUUGAUACUCCCCAGCCUUGUCCUCAGGCCUGAUUGGAUUUGCCAGGGUCUUGACACCGACUCCCAGGCCAAGUUCUAAAUUCAGGUGUGGGCUCACAGUGCUAUUGAGCUUGUCAAAUGCUGGCCCUCCGUGAACCGUUAGCCCCACUGGAGCCAGGGGUGUUUGAAAAGGGUGUGAUCCCUCUAGGGCUGAAAUUAAAGGCUUCUUUCUUUUCCUUAUGAAGCCAGGCUGCUGCUUUGGAGCCCGCCCUCCCGAGCCAGGAGCACAGGCAUAGCUGAAAGCGGGGAUUGUUUCGAGGAAGCCCAUCUACCCCAGUGGGAAGGCAGCCUGGUCACUGGAACGCCACAGCUGCGGCUGCUUCUCUCAAUUUACUCAUUUUGCAAAGAGGUGACCCCUACCUACUCGUUAGGGAAAAGAAAAAGAAUCAGUAGUUCUAAACCAUAGGAGAAGUCCUGUACCAAGUGCCAACAACCGCAAAGAAUGCAGCUAGACGAAUGUAUUGAAAUUAUUACUGGGUCUUCCUUUUUAAUGAGAAAAUGACAAAAAUGAUUGCUGUAGCCUUGCCUGAUUUUGUACACUUUUGUCUAAGGACUGAGUUGGCACUUAAGCUCACUUCUCAAAGUAUAAUAAUAAUAUUGUAUGACCUCAUUUGUCCUUUUACAGAAGCACUUGCAUCAUUUCCUUAAGGCCUCUGCCCCCGACAUGUUUUCUUCCUGAAUAAACAACUUCUAUCUGUUAUUCCUGCCGACCAUGUUCUGUGUCUGAUCCAUAUCCUACUGAGUGUAUCCCUCCGCUACUAUCAUUGCAAAUCUUGAUAUGCAAACACAUUUCCCUUUCUUCCUCAUCCCACCUUUUCCUUUGGGGACAGACUGCUUUCCAAAAGCUCGUGAAGGAGUAUUCAGAAUGCUGGUACCUUUGGGGCAGGGCUGGAGGGGGCGGGGCAGGAAGGUAAAGCUCAGUGCAGACACUGCUUAUUGGUGUCCGUGGCAAUAUGGAAGCUUGAAGGCAACUCAGUGACGUAUCUUGCUCGGUAGUUUCUUAUUCCUGAAGAACCACAAGCAUAAAAUGAGGCGCCAGUGCUGGUGCUCUUGGAGUAUGGGGGAUGUGCAAAUAUUUAACUGUUUUGUAUGCUGCACAUUGCAGGUCUGCUCAUGUGCAUUCUCCGUUUGUCUUCCUUUGUCAUAUGUGUUUUUGCUUUUUUUGGAAGUGCAGUCUUUAUUGUACCUUCUCCAGCUUGUAGCAAAUUAGAAUGCUUAGCAUUUAUGUCCAUUCAUUAUUGUAUUUGCCAUGUAAAAUUUUUAUUACCUUAGACAAGCUUAUAAGCUGUUACUACAUAACUUAUCUUACUGUAACUCUUUUAUUUCCCGACAUUGUAAUUUGUUUGUGAUGUAUAUUGUGAGAUUGUAUUCUAUGUUAAUUUAAUCAGCACAAUUCACUGACAUGCUGGACUGACAUGCUGGCUGCUGUUUCAGAGUGUAAAGUGUGUGUAGGGCAGUUGGGACAACUGUAACUCUGUUGUCAAGGUACUGUGCUUGGGUUCCUCUAGCAACACUGCGGGUGUGGCCCUUGAGAUGCUAGGGGCAUUCACUACGCCCUCAAGCAAAUGUUAACUGCAGAUUUCCUUUGUAGAAAUUCUAUGUAUAACGCAGGUACCUACUUGGCCCAUGGCUGGUAACUAUUUGGGCAAUUAGAAAAAACAAAAACCAUAAAAACUAGUGUCUAUUGCUGCUUUGAAUAUGUUUGAAAGUCUGAAAAUGUAAAUAGUUUAUCAAAAAAGAAAUCUUGUACAGUCCAGUGUAAAGUUUUUAAAUGACCUUAAGGGUUGCCAUCACAUCUUUCUCACACUCUCCUCUCGAUGAUGGAAAAAAAGUUUGCUAAGGAUUAAAGAAAUGGGAAAAAAAAAAAAAACCUCUUCAAAUUUAAAGGAAUGAAUCAUUGUUCUUAGCUUUGUUGCAUACACAAACUUCUUGGAUUUUGUUGUGCAGUAUUGACGUGAGAUAAAACUCAACAUUGAAUAAUCUUUCAGUGGGACUUUUCAAAGUCUUCCCCUCCUCUGCCUCAUAAUUAAGGGAAAAGACAAAAUUGAAAGACACACUGUCUUUAUCUAUCCUGGUGUAUGUUGGCACCUUAGCUACUUUUUUUUUUCCUUUUUGCACAAGGUGCUUUCCUGAUUUGUUAAACAUGCCAUCUUUGGGUGAUCAUGUAUAUGCCAUGACGGGGCCCAGGCCCCUCAGGGGAGUGUCUAUGAGAACUGCCUAUUUAUGCUCAUUUACCUCAAGACUGUCCUCUCUACCCUUAAUCUAGUCGUCAUCACUCCAUCUUUUGUACUGCUGUUGACACUUACAAAUUAAAGAUAAAUUUUGUUUUAUGA